AGGACGCCCUUCCAGGCGUCGCAGCCCUUCCUGCCGGAGCUGGACAUGGACGGCGGGGGGCCGCCCCCGCUGGACGGCGGGGCUGCCGCGGAGCAGGGCGCCCGGCCGGGCGAGGAGCGGCAGGGGCGCUGCACGCCUUCCAGGCUCGUCCCGGGCGCGUGGAG